UGGGCGGCAGAAUGCUGGCAACCUCGCGAGUCGAAAUGCCAAAAACGCCAGGAACAGCCCGGAAAUAAAGUGGAGCCAGACUGGUCAAUCGAGGCGGUGGCAGAAACCAGCGGGCGCCAUCUCCGUCACCCUCGGACUUCGUUCCUGAAUUAGCAUGAGUAGAUGGAGUAUACGGACUAUACUCUUCCUUAUGUCUGUCUGUAUCCAAGAAGAUGGGAUCAGCUUCUCUCUCGCAAGGCCUCACACAGUGCCCUACCUCUCCACCCAACACUGACUUCACUGUCUUCUCUGCAUAAUAUGCAUCCGCGACCUCCAAACCUCAAUCCCCAGCACCAAACCCCGAGAAAUGAAGAAAUGAAAACAUUCCCUGCCGAUCAAAUGACUCAGUGGCAAACCAUAAUCGCCCAAAAAUUCCUUUUCUUUGUGCAUAACUCAACUCACUUACCUAUACUGCGUAAUUUGAAACAAACCUUUCACGCCCAGCAUACCAAUCCCAGCCAGUACUCAUGUACCAUACGCGUUCACAGCCCCCCUAAUGCACUCACUCCGCCACAAUCCAGUCAGACAUGCAAUGCAGACCUGAAGGAGUCGAUAAGUUAGUAGACCAGAAAACUGAUCAAAAUCAAAUAGAAGAAAUCUGGCCCCUUUCCUUGGGAGCUCUUGAAAAUACUGUCGCACUGUUCAUCCCA